CCGACAACCGAUCAAUUGGUUGAAACUCUAUUCACGCUCUUGAAACGGCCAGAAUGAACCUAUAUCAUUAUCGAUGCUUUGGACAAAUGUGGAGAGUGGGAUGACGUACUUGAUCUCUUGUCGAGGAUAGCGACACAGAGUGGGCCAACCACAAACCUUCUCGUGACAAGCCGAAUGGAGCGAGAUAUCCAAAUUUUUUUGGGGCCUUUGGCGACCCAAAAUAUUAUUGUCGGUGGGCAUAACGUGCGCCAUGACAUUGAAACGCUCGUACGGCGGGUUCUCAUGACCGACGCCAAGUUGAGAAGACGACCGCCUGCGCUCAAGGAGGAGAUUGAGCGUGUUCUUGUCCAAAACUCCAAUGGAAUGUUUCGAUGGGCUGCUUGUCAGUUGGACACUUUACGUACCUGUCUGACUCCGUCAGCUGUGCGCAAAACCCUCCAGUCUUUACCUAAAGACCUGGAGGAGACCUACGAUCGAAUCCUAUGCAGAAUCACGGAAAAGUCACAUCCCCUAGCCCUGACGGCAUCGCAGUUUCUUACUUUUUCCGCUGGUCCCGGUCCAUCUCCACGAGCUGGCCGAGAUGAUUGCUAUCAAGCCGGGGACGAGCAUAUUUAUCGACAUCGACCGGCUCUUUGAGCCCGAAGAAGCGCUAGCAAUCUGUUCUAGUCUGGUCACUCUCUUAAACAACAAAUGUGUUCGACUCGCGCACCACUCUGU